CAUGCUGCAGCACUGAAUAAAACCACUAUGAGAGCUGUGGUGACAGGAGGCGGCGGCUACUUUGGAUACAAGCUGGGAUGUGCUCUUGCCAGCAAAGGAGCUUCUGUUGUUCUCUAUGACAUGCAAAAGCCUAUUUGGGAAAUUCCCAGUGGAGUGGUGUGCGUCCAGGCAGAUCUCAGGAAUUACCAUGCCAUACUUGCAGCCUGUGAAGGGGCUGACUGUGUGUUUCAUGUAGCUUCAUAUGGAAUGUCAGGAAAAGAGCAAUGGCAGAAAGAGAAGAUUGAGAGUAUAAACAUUAAUGGAACAAGAUACAUCAUUGAAGCCUGCCAACACCACAACAUCUCUCGGCUGAUCUACACCAGUACAGUGAACGUGGUGUUUGGAGGGCUCCCUAUUGAAGAUGGGGAUGAGGAAUCUGUGCCAUAUUUCCCACUUGACAAGCACGUUGAUCAUUAUUCCAGAACCAAAUCAAUUGCUGAACAAAUGGUACUGGCAGCUGAUGGAACUCCACUAGCAGGAGGUGGAGUGCUCCAUACGUGUGUCAUUCGCCCCCCAGGAAUCUACGGACCAGACGAGCAAAGACACUUGCCAAGGCUGGCAAAGCUUAUUGAGAGAGGGCUACUUAGCUUCAAGUUUGGGGACCCUACUGCUAAAGUGAACUGGGUGCACGUAGAGAAUCUUGCCCAAGCUCAAAUCCUCGCUGCUGAAGCUCUCACUGCCAAGAAGAACUACAUAGCUAGUGGCCAGGUGUAUUUCAUUAAUGAUGGUGAAAAAUACAACAUUUUUGAAUGGUUAACUCCACUUUUUGAAAGAUUAGGUCGCUGGAAGCCAUGGAUACGUAUUCCUACUUGGUUGGUUUAUUCCUCAGCCAUGGCAAUGGAAUACCUUUAUCUGGCGAUGAAACCAAUUGUUGAACUGUCCCCAGUGCUGACCAGAAAUGAGGUACUGAAUAUUUCUGUGACUCACACAUUUCGAAUAGACAAGGCACGGGCUCAGCUGGGGUACAGGCCAAAGAAGUUUGUGUUUGCUGAUUCCGUGGACCACUACAUUAAAUCCAGACCAAAAGGCCGGAAUCAUCACAUCCUCCUCAAAGUUUUGAUUGUUUUCAUUGUAACUUUCGGUUUCAUCUGUGUUUCUUUAGGAUUUUAUGGCCUCUCAGUUUUGCGUUCUCUUAGAGAAAGGCGAUACUGA